AUGACUUUCAGCCCAAACGUCAAGACGGAACAUCAGUCGUCGAUACUUUCGGCACCCUGGAAUCUUGCCACUCAGCAACCCUACGAGCGUCGCAGAGCUGAUUCCGGAAUGGUGGAUCCCUCAUCGUCACCACCGAUGAGAGCUAAAGCUGAGCCUAUGGACAGCUUGAGUCCAAGUACCAGUGUUGAGUUGCAUAAGAGGAGUAAGACUGGUUAUGGAUCGUCUGCUGACAAAGUACCAGGCCAGAAUUGUGCAAAGAAUAAUAUCCUCUGUGGCGGGUAUGAGAUGAGAAAACCUUGGAAGAAAGGAGCUCGCAGCAAGAACUCUGCCCUGAUCAUUCCGGAACUACCGCAUAUCAUCAGCGCAGUAGACGACCCUCUAGACUCGCAGCUCCUAUCUUACUUCAUCACCCACGCCGGCUCAGCCUUGGAUAUAUACUCCGAGACCCACAAUCCAUUCGACGGCUUCGUGAUCGACGCCGCCCUGGCGAACACUGGCCUUAUGCACUCGCUACUCUGCCUAUCCACAUCUUGUUUGCUCAUUCAACAACCAGCGCUGGCGCAAGAAAUUGUCGUCCGCCACAGCCACCACUUCGACCAGGCUGUAGUCACGCUCAGAAAGGCCGUUGAAGCCUAUAGCUCAGACACAUCCACACAGCAUGCAGAUUGCAUUGUGCUACAAACGACGCUGCUCGCGCAGGAAGCCAUCAUCACAGGACAAGUGAAUGGUAGCUAUCGAUGUCACCUGUUCGCUGCACAGCAACUUAUCGACUGCUGCGGGCACUUGAGCGUCGACGUGCAGAAGUUUGCUCGUCAAUUCCUGCUGUAUCACAAUCUCGCCAACACGAUCUCCUGCCUGGACCCCGUCAACCAGACUCCGACAUCGCUCCAGCAGACUGAAACAGUGGAUCUCUCGAACCCCGUCUCGGAGGGUUGUGUAGACGGAAUCUUGCAUGGCCUUCUCGAGCCAAUCGCACACAUACGCCAGGUCAGAGAUGGAGUUCGCUUCCAUCGCCAGACGCAAAACUCGAGAUGGUUUAAGGACGAGCGCCUGCUGAGCUUGGCAUUGGGAGUUGAAACACAGUUACGCACCUGGCAAUCCCAAUUGCUACCCAAUACACCCCAAUACUGGUGCUCUCUGGCGUAUCGGCAAAGCGCCUACGUCUAUCUUUAUCGCACCAUACGGCCCUCUGCACCAAGUCAAGGCCUGGCUCAAGUGGUGGGAGAAGGCUUGUCCUACAUUUCGCUCGCGUUGCGGGAAGUCACCAAAGCGAAUGGAGAAGUAGGAAGUUGGGUCAGCGGUGUUUUGCUGCCACCGCUGUUUUUGCUGGGCUGCGCUGCCUGGGAUCCAAUGCAACGACAAGCAGUCAUGAACAAUUUGGAAGACUUGCAUGCAUGUAGACAAGGAGUAGGGACUGUGCAUGCGAGAGCAAUACUUGGGGAAGUGUGGGUGAGGAUGGACGCAGCUGGACAGGGCGCUGGUGAUGACGCUUGGGAUUGGGAGAAGACGAUGAAGGAUAUGGGUAUGGAUGUCUUGUUGUCAUGA